GGACUCCCCGCGCACGCAAUCACAAGACGAUAAACCUUCUUUUUUUAUACAGUGAGAGCGAGAGUCGUCGUCUCGUCACAUGAGCGGACACGCACCUCCGACGCUGCCGCGGCCGGAGGAGGAGCUGCCGUCCACGUUUAUGAAGGAACUCGAUCGGCUCGCUUCCACGUCGUUUCGGCAGCUGCGACGAAGCGACGCGCAGCACGUCUUUCAACUGCUGCGAGAUGAAGAUGUAAAAGCAGUGGCUUCUCCGCACGCACGAGCGCCUGAUGCUGCCGCGGCAGCCGCGCCGACAAGCACGUCAUCGUGUGCACAACCUGCGCCCUCACCCGUGGCGGUGCAGCGCCGCUUGGCGUUAUUGGAGCGUCUAACCAUGCAGCAGCAGGACACACUGAUGAAGGUUCUUUACGCGUGUAUGGCGCCACCAUCCGCCACAGAAGAGCAGCAGCAGCCACAAGAACGCAAAGAAAGUGGGGAGUGGCUUCGAGCCGUUUACGACUGGCAUGCCGUGCUUUAUCAGGUGAGCGGUGAUGGGGCGGUGGUGCGUGUCUUCGCAAGCCGCUGA